UGAUUCUGAUUCUAUUAUAAUUAAUAAGUAAUUGAUUAAUUUGAUUUAUAUUUUCCCUUUUUCUGUUCUUUCUGAUCCUUGAGAUUCAUUUGCUUACAGUUUCUUGUUGUCCUCUCCUUGCCUAUUCUGUGCCGGGUUUUUGGUUUUGUUUUGGUCAAUUUUUGAUUCAAUGUCUUCGUAUGGUAAUAAAUCAAAAUCUGUUUCUAAUCAAAAAGAUCCUGGUUGUACACCUUGUCGACUAGUUGGUGGUACUGGUGUCACUAUUCUUGGUGCUUAUAUAAUCAUCCAAGGAAGAUUGGCCACGGCAAAUACUCCAUUAAAAGCUAAAGUUCAUUCUGCUCUAACAAGUUUAAUUGGAUUAACAUUUGUCGGUCUUGGGGUUACCAGACUAUUGGGAUUUGAAAAGUGAUUAAUACUCUUUAAUUUUGAUCACCGGUUACAAUAAAUGGUUUAAUAUGAAUUCGCAAAAAAGAAAAGCUGAAAAUCAUGAAGAUGCUCCUGAACCCAAAUUGUCUAAAGUGAUUGCCACUCAUUACAAUAGAAUUGAGGAGAAGGGAAUAGAAUCUCGAAAGGAGUCACGAAUCUAUUACCUACGUAAUUUUAACAAUUGGGUUAAAGCUGUGAUUAUCGCUCAAGCAUUGACAAAGAUUCAGACUAUGAAUGAACGGAAAGAUAUUCGUAACAAAAGUGUCACUGUUUUGGAUAUUGGUUGUGGUAAAGGAGGAGAUUUAAGAAAAUAUAGAAUCCAUGGUGUCGCUAAUUUGGUCUGUGUUGAUAUUGCUGAUGAAUCAUUGGCUCAGUGUCGUGAUCGAUAUCGAGAAAUGACAAAGCUCAGACAUAAAGGAAAUUUAUUCGAUGCCUUUUUCAUACACGCUGAUUGUACUCGAGAUAAUUUAAAUAUCAAAUACAAAGAAACCAAAGGCCUUGUUGAAAAGCUUGGAGAUAAAAAUCAGUUCGAUCUUGUUAGUUGUCAAUUCACAUUUCAUUAUUGCUUCGAGAGUUUAGCUCAAGCAGAAACUAUGAUCAAGAAUAUCGCUAAUAACUUGAAAAAAGAUGGCCUGUUCAUUGGAACCACUCCCGAUGCCAAUUAUAUUGUCGCAAAGGCUCGAAAAGAAGGAGCCUCGUUUGGAAAUGAAGUCUAUUCGGUUACAUUUAAAGAUGAAAGUAUAACAGAUAAAAACAAAAUCGUUCCUCUCUUUGGAGUCCAAUACAAUUUCCAUCUCGAAGGUUGUGUCGAUUGUCCAGAGUUUCUGGUUCAUUUUCCCACCUUUGAGAAAAUCGCAGAGAAAUAUGGACUCAAAUUGGCCUUUGCUCGACGAUUUGAAGACUUUUACGCAGAAAAUCAUAAGAAGGACGAAGAAGCUGGACUAUUAAGUCGAAUGGGAGCUCUUGAAACAUUUCCACCGGGCGAUGAACCUCUCAAAGGAUCAGACGACGAUUAUAUUCACGCAGAACAAUUUUUCAAUUACUAUCGGAAAGAGAAAAAGUUGGAACGAAUCGGCACUUUGUCCCAAUCUGAAUGGGAAGCAAUUAAUUUAUACUUAGUCUUUGCUUUUAUCAAAGUUUAACUCAUUCAAUAAAUUCAACAAAUUCAUUGAAAAAUAAAAUGUUACUUUCAGUCCAAAAAUUAAAAACAAUUCAAAUUUCA